AUGCGUUUCUCUACUGCUCUAGGUGCUGCUUUUUCUCUUGCUGUUUUAUCUACCGAGGUUGUUGCUACUCCACCAGCUUGUUUAUUGGCAUGUGUUGCUCAAGUCAACAAGAAAUCUGACUGCGAUGGCAUGCAAGACAUUGCUUGUAUGUGUAAGUCAGACGGUUCUGAUUUGACCUCUUGUUUGAAGUCUAUCUGUCCAGACGGUGAGGCUGAUGCUGCUCAAGACGCAUUGGAAUCUACCUGUAAGGCUCAAGGUGUUACAUUGGAUGAUGAUGUGACCUCAUCCUCUUCAUCCUCCUCCUCCUCUUCAUCCUCAUCCUCAUCCUCAUCCUCAUCCUCAUCUUCUUCCACUCCAUCAUCUUCAACAUCUUCAUCUUCCUCUACUCCAUCUAGUUCAUCUUCCUCUUCUUCAUCCACCUCUGAGGAACCAACUACUUCUUCUGCUGAACCAUCUUCUUCUGCCGAACCAUCUUCUUCUGCUGAACCAUCUUCUUCUGCUGAACCAUCCACUUCUGAAGAGCCAUCCACUUCCGAAGAACCAACCUCGUCCGCAGAACCAACAACUUCAAGUUCAAUUGUGUCUGAAACCACUGCUGCCCCAACUUCUACCUUGGCAACCUCAACUUCCGCAGAACCAACUAGCACUCCAACCACCAUUGCCACUAUCUCCUCCGAUGGUGCUAAUGCUUUGUCGUUAGGAAACGCUGUUUUCGGUGGUUUGGCUGUAGCAGGUCUAUUGUUGUGA